CUUCCCUGUUAGCAUACGACCAAGAUCCCACCGGGGUUGUUAACCCGGUGUUCACUAUGGUUAUUCGUACCCCAGUCGGCACCGCGGGGAGGUAGGGAUAGGAGUUACUGCGCAAGAAACUAAAGGACCACGAAUGGGAUCUACUUUAUACCUGCAGAUAACGAACUCUCUACUGGAUAGCGGCCCAUCACUACAAACUCUUAUGCUGGCCGACACCGAGUCAGAGAAGGCUAAAUGGGUGGUAGCAUUGAGCGAGUUACAUCGGAUCCUGAAAAUAGACAACCUUCCGAACACGGAACAAGAAGUGUUGGACAGUUCGCCUUCGGCAAUCCGGAGUGCGCUGAGUGCGCUCAUCAUCGACCCCGAUCGGAUUCUGCUUGGGACAGAGGAUGGAUUGUUCUGUUUAGAUUUGGACUGAAACGAAAUUGCACGAAUAGGGGAAAGC